AUGGUGAAAAACCGGGCAGCAGCGUUAACCGUAGCUCUAAUCAAAAUCAAUCAAAAAAAAGGAACUCGACAAGAAAGUGUUCAAAAUCGGGCAAAAGUCAACGAAGAAGAUGCAAUCACAAAUAGAGAAGAAGAAAAAGAAACAUCCCAAAGAAAAACUCGUGGGAAAACUUUGUGCAAAAAGAUUCAUGCAAGAACUUUGGAAGAGCGAGUAGAAGUGACCUUUAAUGAGGAUUUUCAGCCAAUUGGUCCUAGUGAAAAAGUAGUAUCUGACUUGAGCCUCUUCUUGGGAACAUUGGCUAGGAACUCAACAUUUUGUCCUCUACGUUACACCAAUUGGUCAGGAAUGCCAGAUGAUAAUAAAAACCGUUUCUGGAGAUAUACUAAUCGGAAGUUUAUCUUGCCGGUUGAAGCACGAGAUUGGAUUGAGACCACUGUUAGAGAGGCAUGGAGAAUAUAUAAGCACAAAAUUAAGAAGAAUCAUUUUUUGAUGUAUUCUAACAUGACCGAGAGACUCAAAAAUCGUCCGCCAAACGUGCCAAUAGCCCAGUUUAAGAGUCUUUGUGCUUAUUGGAGUAAGGAAACUAUACAAGCAAUAAGUGAAAAUAACACUAGAAAUAGAGCUCAACUAAAGUGGAUGCAUCGAAUGGGUCCCAAAAACUUUGCUUUGACUCGUGAAAAAGUGCGUGAAAAGGAAAAAAGAGAGCCCACUCAAUCAGAAAUGUUUGUUCAAACUCGAAAAGGAAAUAAAGGAAAGGAACUGGAUGUAGAAACUGGAAAAGUAAUUUACCAACUUCAAGAAAUGGUUGAAAAGGAGGAAAGUGAUACAAAAGCUUUUAAAGUUUUUUUUGGAAAGGAGUGUCCAGGCAGGACCGUAAUACAACAAUGCAAUCCUCAAAUUAAUAUAGAGUUAAUUGAAGAUUUGUUAGGAUUAUCUCAUGGAGAUGCUAAUAGUUCCCCAAAGGAUAUAAGACGGCAAAUGCAUUCAUCUACAUCAACUCAUGCUCCAUGUCAUGGAAAGCAAUGUAUCAAUGAAGAUGUUGAAAAGGACGAUAUAAAUGAUGAAAUUCAAGAGGACGACAUAAAUGAUAAAAUUCAAGAGGACGACCUAAAUGAUAAAAUUCAAGAGGACGACGUAGAUGAUGAAUUUCAAGAGGACGACAUAGAUCUAGAUGAUGAAUUUCAAGAGGAGGAUAUAGAUGGUGAAUUUCAAGAGGACGACGUAGAUGAAGAAUUUAUGGAGGAUGACAUAUCUAACGAAUUUCAAGAGGACGAUCUGGAUGCUUUACUCCUAGAAGACAAACUUGAAUGA